AUGCCCGCGCACCCGUUCGCCGUCCUGCGUUCCAAGUACUCGCUAGCUGCCUUUCAUCGCCUCUGCUCGGAUAGGAUUAUACGCCCCGAGGCUGUACCCCUGACCUCCUCUAACCGGUCAGAUUUACCAAAGUAUACCCUCAGCGAUUGCUGUCUCCUACGUCUCAUUGCUGACUCAGUUACCGACUGGUAUCCUUCGGCUCCCCCCUCACCCUCCACCCGAUACCGUCUGAUCUCUGCGUAUUUGGACUUGGCUCAGGCGGUUCUCGAGGGCGAACGCCUGGCCUACCUAUCGGGCUGCUCAAUUGAUGGGUACGAACAAGCAUCGCCGUCCUGCUUCCCUACCGCCAGUCCCUUGCUUGCCUUCCUGGUAUUCUGUGUGAACUUUGUCAUUGAGGUCUGUCAACCGGGCACUUCAGAGCUGGCUGUCAAGGGGUCUCUUCAGCCCCUGAGGGAGGUCUGCCAGCGGUCCGACCUUUUUACUCUGCGUAAGUACAUGGUUUUUGCCUGGACCACUGCUCACUUUUCUCGGCUAGGACCUCUUUUUUGUUUGCAAUGGUCGCUUAUCCUUUUAAAGAGAAAGAAGAAGAAUGCUAUAUUGAGGAUUUUACAAACCUGA